AUGAAGUCGGCGCGAUGGGGAGAUGGACUCAACGCGUACCAUUUCCGAACUGAAAUCCUCCUUCAUCCGGGCGCAGAUAUCCUUGGGGAUAUUCCAUGGGAUCACCAGCCAAACAGGACAGGGUUUCAAGAGAUGCACAGCAGAAUGCUGACCGCCUUGGAGGGAGAUCUGGAAGAUCGGAACCCAGCUUCCGAAAGUCCGGUGCUUGACCAGUUCGGCGAUAGUGAAGGUGAUACUGCUGAACAUGCUGAACAAACUACCACUCCCUCACGUACAGUACGAUUUCUUCUUCCUGUCUCUCUGACUCAUUCUCUCGCUAUCCUUACUGAGUCCGUUGUUGCCCCUAACCAGCCUAUCAUCAUCGGUGAAACUACCCCCGAGACUCCCGCUAGGCGAUCUUUCGUGCCUGGCCACCGUCGGCGUUCCACCCACGUAACUCGUCUGGACUUGGAGCGCUUUCGGAGGGACGUCUUAGGCAUCGACACUCCUGGUUUUGGAUUUGACGACGAAGCUUCCUCGCCUGCGGUUGACCCCUCUUUUGACCCUCAGUUGGAGAGUCUAAACCGCGACUUUGAAGCAGUCGCUCGGUCCAUGAAUAGUGGCAGUACCCCCGACUCUGGUUUCUUCUCGAGCAGCGUCGACAACGCGAGUAACGCGAGUAACCAAUCAAAUAUGACCAACGUGCCUCGUCAGUCAAUGUCUCCCGCUAUGUCUCACACUCCUAGUCAGGUCAAUGGUGCUGGGAUCGCUGGCAUGAAUGCGGGGAUUCCUCUGAAUGCUGGCCACCAAAUGGAUCUCCAUCAUCUGUACGAUAUGGUCCUGGAGCUGAGUGAGGUUUUGAAAAACAAUCGUCAGAUGACACAAAGUAUCGUCUCCAGCGCUGAGGAGGUCAUGCCACUGACAAAACCCACAGCUGCCCGUAUCACCGAGCUAGAGCGUGCCCUGGCCAGAGAAAAGCGCCUGAACGAGGUCUUGCGAAACGAACAGGAAGAAAACACAAAGCUUAUUGGGGAAUACGAACAGGCAGUUGGUACAAUGGUCGAACAAAUCCGUAACUACUGCCAGAACAACAACUUGCAGUAUCUGGCGCAGAAACGACACUACAACAAUCUCCUCCAAAACGAACGCGAUGCGCAUCUGCAGAGCCGCCUGGAGCGUGAUCACUGGCAUAAUCAAACCAUGAAAUGUGCGGAGAUGAUCCGUACUGCCUAUCGUAUUCGCUGCGAAGAAGAGAAUGUGCCGAUCCGCGUCGUGGCUGGGCUCCAGAACGAAGUCCGUGCCUACCGCAAUGCUCUUGGUAUGGAGCCGGAGAGACCAGAGGAGGAAUACGGAUGGGAGAUCCUGAAGGAUGUGCCCGGAGGUCCUGCCCCUGGGGAGUAG